GUUCAGGAUCUCAGAUACACAGGGAGCAGCCACAGAAGCAGGAGUUGUGGGCAAGACCAGAGGGUGGACCAUGGAGGACCAGCGUGACCUCAUCUCCAACCAUGAGCAGCUGCCCAUGCUGGGCCAGCGCCCUGGAGUCCACGAGAGCAAGUGUAGCCGUGGAGCCCUGUACACAAGCUUCUCUGUGCUGGUGGCUCUGCUCUUGGCCGGCCAGGCCACCACGGCCUACUUCCUGUACCACCAGCAGGGCCAGCUGGACAGGCUGACAGCCACUUCGCAGACCCUGCAGCUGGAGAACCUGCGCAUGAAGCUUCCCAAGUCUGCCAAGCCUGUGGGCAAGAUGCGGAUGGCUACUCCCAUGCUGAUGCAGGCACUGCCCAUGGAAGGUCUGCUCCAGAGGCCCAUGCAGAAUGCCACCAAGUACGGCAACACCACACAGGACCACGUGAUGCACCUGCUGAUGAAGUCUGACCCCCUGAAGGUGUACCCGCAGAUGAAGGGGAACUUCCCAGAGAACCUCAAUCACCUUAAGAGCACCUUGCAGGGCCUGGAUUGGAAGGUCUUUGAGAGCUGGAUGCAUCAGUGGCUGUUGUUUGAAAUGAGCAAGAACUCGCUGGAAGAGACUUCCACUCAGGCUCCAACCAAAGCACUGACCCAGUGCCAGGAAGAGGUCAGCCGCAUCCCGGCCGUCCACCCGGGCAGGUUCCGUCCCCAGUGCGACGAGAAUGGCAACUAUAUGCCGCUCCAGUGCUAUGGCAGCACCGGCUACUGCUGGUGCAUCUUCCCCAACGGCACGGAGGUCCCCCACACCAGGAGCCGCGGGCACCACAACUGCAGUGACCCGCUGGAGAUGGAGUACCCGUCGUCCGGGCUGGGAGUGACCAAGCAGGAGCUGGAACUAGGCCCCAUGUGAUCACCGCAGCAGGGACCAGCUUCCAGCCAGCCGGGCUUGACCACAGCUUCUUUGCUGCCUUGACAUGACACCACAGAUAGCGCUCUGCACACACACGCCACGGGCAUGCACACGAGAAACAUGUACACGUUUGUACUUACACCCACACAGCUUCGAGCUCCAGGUCCUCAGCUUUUCAUCCAGUUUAACUGGGGAUGAAACCACCAGCCUCUCUCCAGCUCCUUAUUCUGCCAAACCCUAGUCCCCUCCAGCAAGCUUGUCCCCGGCCCUGAGGACUUUGGCUUGUGUGAGAAUAAAAGGUAGGAAGUAGAACA